GAACACACUCUGUACGUAUUGUGCAGUGCCUAGCGCCUACGACAGGUAGGUACGGUAUCGUACGUUCUUGCGCGCCGUGUUUAAUGCAUGCACGGCCGGUCUAUUCACACUUUUUUGUGUUUGCAUUGCGAUUGCAUGUUAGAACAAGUUCAUCAUCAGAGACUCCAAUGUUGACGAUAUGAUAUGAGUUUUCUACGUUUUGUCGUACAUUUUGCCACCGGUAUUUUGUGAACGGAUACAGAAGAUCAUUCGAUUUGUUCAGAUGUGGGUGACAAUGGUGAAAGAAAGAAAUUGACACAAUUCUACGAACAGUUGCCGUCUCAUUUUUCUUUCAUUCUCAUGACUGCUCGGCCGAUCGCGAUCCGAGCGAGCUGUAGCCUGCGCCUGUGCAGCUGCAGUGCUACGGAAUUCAGUGCAGUGACUCCACUCCAGUGAUAUUUAUCUGAACUCUGUAGUCAAGAGAUCAGACUGAAUUUGUGAGUUGUUAACUAAACGGUUGUUUGCAGUUUUGAUGGAAUAGGAGUGGCUGAAUCGUUGAUUGUAAUCUGAGCCGAUCCGUUGUCUGCAUUGUUCCGACAUAUUUGUUAACUCCAUUGAACAUGGACCAUGGUCGUACUCGUGGAUGCUGAUUAAAAAUUUGAUUUCGGGGAAUAUGCUGCUUCACACUUUCAUCACUCCUUUUGAAAUUAGGAGAUAGGGUCAGCUGACUGGACUAACCCUCUCUAAAGCCUAAUGCCUCUACUUGCACAGCACAGUGUUCCAUUUUAGACUCGCGAUACUCACCAGGAUCACCGCUGCUGAGAGAUGAAAUCAGAGAACCUGCCUGCUUUGCAUUUGUUAGUAGUGUAAUGUACAGUCAAGCUUUGAUUGACGUCCAUGAAUGACAAGGCUAUGAUAAGCUUAUUUUAUGCAGAAUAAGUAGUAUCAAAGUGGCAAAGAUGGCAUCUGCUUCGUCAGCGUCGGUCCUUUUUGCACUGUCAAAAAGGCGGUCCACCUCCUCCCCGCAAUUACACUGUGAAGCUACUGACUUUUCAUCAUUGACUGGCAUUCCAAACACAACAAGCACUUCUGCAUCAUCUUGGUCAGAGAGCAACGGCAUUACGGUCAAUACAGUGGACAGGAAGAGUGUGAAGAUAAAUACCAUCACCCAGGCAUCUGUGCAUUGGCUAGAACCAAAACAAAGGGCGGUUCUACAAGAUGUUAACCCGGUAGUCAAACCCAAGAACAAGAAGUCUGCCUUUGUUCAGACGAGAGCAGGGGCCAGUGGCAAAGAGAAUGCAUCCAGUUCAAGACAGCUCAGACCCGAUUCUGAAUUGCUCUGUUGUAAUGAGACAAUACAUUAUCUCCAAGGCAGUGACUCAGAAUCAGAGACCUCUCCACGAGCGUCACCAAGACGAAAAUCACAUGCAGGUAUCAAGCACAAAAAUGACAGCACCCAAAAAUUCAAGAGGUUUAGUAAAGCAGCCAGUCAAAUCUUCUCUAAACUAAAGCUUGAAAGCAAAACUAUGAGAGGAAAAGACAGGAGGAAGGAGGCUGAUGACAAAAGUGGUGAUGAAUCUGCUGGCGAAGAUGUACAACCAAUCUCAAGGAGGCGCUCAAGGUCAUUAACAAGCAGGGUUAUGAAACGAUUUGGGCACAAGGAGGAGGAUACAAACCCAGAAAGUUCAAAGGCUGAAGCAGUGCAGACAGCAACUCCAUCUUCUUCAGGAAAUGAAAAGCCCAAAUCAAAACAUAAAAAACAAGGAAAGAAAAGGUCUUCAUCUUCAAGUAGGCGUAGAAAAUCGCGGCAAUCAACACUUGUUAAUUUUGCUAAGUUUGAUCCUGAGAAGUAUCCCAUCGAAUGCACAGAAGAAAUCGAAAGAGCAGUGAGGGAAAGAGAAAUAGAGGAGGGAAUCGCUAUAGAGGGAAUUGAUGUACCUGUACCCGUUUCUCCAGGUACAGUACCAGUAUCUGAUGUGCUCACACAUAUGCAAAGAACAACAGAGCCAGAUAUGCCAAUAUCCAAUUUACCUGAAGCUGGUGCAGCUGCAGCGAGUUCUAGUUCUGAUUAUCAAGUCGUUGAUGCUCCAACGCAUACCACAGAAGAUAUCUAUGACCUCUAUGGAUCUUUGACUCCAUCUGGAACCUUCAUACCUCGGACUGUUCACACACAGAUUGACUACAUGCAUUGUCUUGUUCCUGAUCAGUGGAACAUCAUGAAGGCUCCUUAUUAUUGGGGUAAAAUUGAUCGAUAUGAGGCUGAUAUGCUUUUAGAUGACAAGCCAGAAGGUACAUUUCUCUUGCGUGACAGUGCCCAAGAAGAGUUCCUCUUCUCUGUUAGUUUCUGUAGGUAUGGACGCACUCUCCAUGCACGGAUAGAGCAGUGGAAUCAUAAAUUCAGCUUUGAUGCUCAUGAUCCAGGGGUGUAUUCUUCAGACACCAUCUGCAGCCUCCUGGAGCACUACAAGGAUCCCAACUACUGCAUGUUCUUUGAGCCAAUGUUGACCAGCCCACUUCCUAGGGCCAAUCCCUCAUCUUUGAUGGAGCUCAGUAGGGCUAGCAUCUGCCAGCAUGUCUCCUAUGAUGCCAUCAGCUACCUGAAGCUGCCAAACGGUCUGAAAGAAUUCCUGACAGAGUAUCACUACAAGCAACGUGUACGCAUCAGGAGGGUUGAGGUAGAUAUGCCGCAAUUGCCAGAGGCCAAGCAAAGCAUCGUCACAAAUACAUGUAUCUCUAGGUGAAGUGAUCUAUUGCAUUGUAUAUUAUGUGAAAUAAUCAUGCAAAUAAUUAUUAGAAUACAUAAUCUGUGUACGGCCAGACUGGUGUUAACUGCUAUUUUAUUACCCUUCUGGCCCCAGGUAAUGAACAUGUUGUACAUGUACGUACAUCUACUAUCGUCUUUUUGAUAGUAUCCAGUAACAGAAUGAAAUCUUAAGUUUAUUUGAUGAGAAUACCUUGUUUUGAACUUAAAUGUAUUCACAUAUUAUACUUUUUACUUUACAUUGUCAAUGACCUAACCAUUUGUUUGUUUUACUUUUUUGUAAAGCUCAUUCAGUAGUCAGUUUCAUUAAAUCUACCUGUUGGUGCAAAAACAUUGAUUCUAAUGUGACGUUUUCAGUUUUCACAUAUUUUAAUGAUCAGUAAUUAAUUCUAAUGAACUAAGUGCCAUGAGGGGUGCACUGCUUUGUCAGUUCUCAAUCAUGAUGAUUAUGAAAUUUCUGCAGCACUUGCACUAGAUUUGCCAAAUAUUUUGGACAUGUCUUAUUAUGUCCGAGUCAGUUUGGAAAGGCUAUUGACCAAUUAUUAGUUUUGUUAUUUUGUAAUGAGCAAAACUUAGCAAAUUGUGAGUAUACACACACUUUGUACUGUACAUGUAUGUCCAGAUGGUUAGGUUAAAUGGACAGGUCAUUUUCAAACAUGGUAGUUUGUGUUAUUUUAUCCAUUUGUUUCAUCAAAUUAAACUAGGAAAGGGACAGUCUUACUUAUUUGUUCAGUGUUUUGACACACAGGGGAUACGCCCCCCACCCCCAA